CGAGUAGCCGCUGCCUAUGGAGACAAUAAAAUCGUCCUCAAGCUUCUAGAUUACAAAGCUGAUGUCAACUCAGUUGGCAAUCCCAUCGGCAGUGCUCUCAGUUCUGCAUGCUAUUGGGGUCACGAAGAGGUUGUCCGAACGCUUCUCAACAAGGGUGCCAAUAUGUGCCAAAUAUCUGAUCCCCGGCGACUCUCAAACGAUGGAUACGAGACUGCUCUGGACGCUGCUUGCCAUCAUGGGCAUGAAGCAAUCCUUCGUUUGCUUCUUCAACAU